AUGCCUAGUGCUGACAACCUCGCCACCAUUUUCUAUGGGCCUGUAAUAAACCCUACCAGUCUUACUAGCUACUCUGCCUUGCCACGCUGCCUCCUCGCGGUAGAUGCGCUGGGCAACAUAGACUGGAUUGUGGAAGAAGUGGCACCCUACGAGCUCCAGAAUACCCUUGCGGCGAAAGGAAGCCCUGAUGCCAACGUGGUUGAUCUGAAGGACGGGGAGUUUCUCAUUCCUGGUUUCAUUGACACGCAUACGCAUGCCCCUCAGGUUCCUAACAUGGGCACGGGAGGACAAUACCAAUUACUCGACUGGCUGCAGACCCUCACAUUUCCCAUGGAAGCCAAGUUUGAGGAUGUCGAAUUUGCGAGACGGACGUACGAGUCGGUGGUUAAACGUACAAUAAACGCAGGGACGACUACAUGCUGCUAUUAUGGCACACUGCACCUCGAGGCAACCAAGAUCCUCGCGGAUAUUGUCCACUCGUUAGGCCAACGCGCUUUUGUCGGUAAAUGUAAUAUGAACCGUGAAUCGCCGUCCUAUUAUGUCGAACCUUCAGUAGACGCGUCAGUUAAUGCGACUCGCGACUUAAUUACGCACAUUCGAGCACUCUCUCAACCUACAGUGGCUGCCGACCAAGAGCCUCGUGUGCAGCCAAUCGUGACCCCCCGAUUCGCUAUCUCUUGUACGGACGACCUUCUGACGGAGUUGGGUAGCCUGAUUGCUGAAGACCCUAACCUUCGCAUCCAAACCCACAUAUCCGAGAAUCCUUCAGAAAUUGACUUCACUCUGUCGCUUUUCCCUUCUGCCUCAACUUAUGCUGGGGUUUAUGACAGCUUUGGCUUGCUUAGAAGCAACACAAUCCUUGCUCAUGCUGUUCAUCUCUCUGAAGACGAAGUAGACCUGAUCAAAGCCAGAGGUUCAGGCAUUAGUCACUGUCCAACAAGCAACUUCAACCUGAGUAGUGGCGUUGCACCCAUCGGGCGCUAUCUCGAUAAGGGCCUCAAGGUCGGGCUUGGCACGGACGUCGCUGGAGGGUUUAAUAUUUCAAUCCUCAACGCUGUACAGAACGCUAGCAUCGCUGCCAAGGUUUGCUCCUUCCAGGCACAAGACUCCUCGACGUCGCAGCCAGCCUCCCAAGACUUCGCCAAUAAAGCCCUUCCGAUACCUACCCUUCUCUAUCUGGCUACUGCAGGUGGUGCUGCCGUCUGUGGGUUGGAGAAGCAAGUUGGCUCAUUUGCGCCAGGAAAGAGCUUCGACGCACUGCUUGUCAGUGUGCGCGAAGAGGUAGGAAACGGAGGUCUUUGGGGUCUGACUGGUGCCCUCUCCUCUCAUUUUUCGGAAGCAUAUUCCAAUGCAGCCUACCCUCACAACGUUGCUGGCAGCAGCUCCUUGGCGGACUUUGCAGGUAUGAAGGCUGUAACACAUCAAGAAGUGCCUCUGCCUCUGCCUGGCCCUUCGGAGCCACACCUUCCUGCAGCAAGCACCACGACAGCUUCUACCUCCCACUCUAACCACCUUAAAGUGAAUGUAGACGUGGGGCGGAUAUUGAAAACUUUUCACCUGCAACCCGCCAUCGACCAAUUAGUUCACAUCUUCGGUGAUCGUCAGCUCGCUCUCGCGGCCGCAAUGCUUUAUUUGAAGUUCGGUCUCACAGUGCGACGUGUCCGAAUACCAACCAUGGUUUACAGCGACCACGCAAAAUUAAUUCCAGGGAGCAUUCAGGUCCCGGCUGCCUCCUUGCACAUGUUGUCUAUACUCUGUGCUCAGGACCCAAUCCCUGGAUUUGCCGCGAUAGCAGCAAACCAUGGCAAGGGCGUUUCCAAUAAUGUCUUCCUGAGCCCGGAAGGCGUCAUGUAUGCACGACGCUUAAUUUUAAAGCUGAACAAGAAUGAGCUACGGCACAGGGACCCUGCCGCCGUUGAACGCGGUACUGCUGCACUCCAGCGGUAUAUGGACGACCGCCAGCUUCUGGUUGACGUUGGUUCAGCGGCCAACCAGCGGCCUCUUAGCACUGCUGGGACACUCCCAGUGCCGUGGAAGUUGGCCAGCCUUCGGCGAAGCCAUCCUGAGGCGGAACGCCAUUCUCUGCCCGCUGAACAUUCAGUGGCUCGGCCUGUUGUUUAUGGGACUUCUAUCCAACAGAGUCAAGGAGAUCGCAGGAAGGUCAAUGAGGGGCAGGUUUGGGAGGAUUGUGGUGCCAGGGAUCCAGGCACUGUGCAACAGCACUCGACUUCCACGUCUGCUAAUCCCUUCUCAGGUGCCACUCCUUCGUACAUCACCUCUCAGACAGUGACACAUGCAACUCGGAGCGGCGAAGUGGACUGGAGCUCCGGCGCUGCCAUGAACGUGUCCUAUGGCAGGUACAUCCCUGAGGGCCCUCAACCAAGUUACACAUCAUCUCCCCUUGCUGGUGCACUUGUUGAUAGCAACGCUCGAGGCAGCGAAUUUGCUGGUGCUGCUGCCAGCAGUCAGGGGUCAUCCGACACAGCCAGCUGGUGCACGCCCUCCGCUACCAUGUACGACAAUAUCGGUCAUACUCCAUACGGCAAUGCCGCCUCUGCAGAUGCAAUGGAAUUGGGCAACACUAGCAAACGCGAAAGUUUCUUGUCCAUGCUUUACGCUGAUGAUAUCCCCGAGGCACAAAGCGGACACUCUGCAGUUACUCAAGCCAUUCUCGGGUUACGAAAACAUCCAGUUCCUUUGAAUCCUCUCUGGAGUCUGGACACCGUGUAG